AUGGAUUCUAUAGGCUCCACAGGCAGAGGCCGAAAUAAAAUUCAACUGCUAAAACCGAGUCGCAUGCGAUCUAGAACGCUGGUCCACGUUACAUUUUCUGGGGUGCUGCUGAGAUUGCUGACUGGACUGCUGCUUGUGUAUCGUCACAGCAUUCUGCGUGCAUAUGUCAUUGGUUAUUUGUCGUCCACCACUCCGAGGGUGAUAGCAUCUUUACGGCAAAUUUGGAGGAAUGACUUGGACUAUCAACAGAAGCGCAGGGUGCUAGUUCGUGCACUGACGAGUGCGAUACGAUUGGAUAGCUUCCCCACAUUCUGUGCUUCCCUCGUUGGGGGCUCAACGGUGUUUCCCCUAGUGAUUUUCCGGCUGGCUGAGCUCUUAAGCCAAAAGGUUGACUUCAAGUGUAGUCGAUUAGAAUCUGCUAGGUUUCUGCGUUUAGCCCGACUUAUCUGCACUUUUGUCUCCGCUUGGCUGAGCUUUGAACUGCUGAAUCGAAAACCCAUUAGGCUGCAAGGAAUUGAAGGAACGCUUGCUGACAAUGGAAGCGACGAAGCUGCCGGGAAGCAGCAAGGGUGCCAGAACACAAUACACAAUAGACCUCAGUUUGCGGGCAGGACGAUGGAUCUGACGCUUUUUAGCUUCACCAGAGCAGUGGAUCUAGUAGCCUGCAUCAUAUGGGCCCGAUGGCGACGGUGGCGGAGCGCUCGGGGUCGCUGGAGUCGGGCAGAAUCCCUGGCGCCAAAGCUUACGGAUUCGGGCGUGUUUGCCGCUAGUGCAGCAAUCGUGAUGUGGGCAUGGUUUUACCUACCGGAAAGGUUGCCAAAGUCUUACGGAAAGUGGAUUGGAGAGGUAGCCAAGGUGGAUUCCCGGCUGAUUGAAGCACUUCGCCGAGUCAGGAGAGGGGUCUUCGUGUAUGGGAAAGACACGGGGCAAGCACCUCUACUCCAGUCGAUGUGCAAGGACUACGGCUGGCCUAUCGAAUGGGGAGAUCCCGCCAAAACAAUUCCUAUUCCCUGCGAAAUGGUACACAUGAGCUGUGGCCCUAACUGUGAGAAACAUGCCGUAUCUCGAUUCGUGCGAACGUUUGGGUUUGCCUGUGCAACUUAUAUACCUUUACAAAUUCUCUUCCGGCUCAAGAGAUUGAAGUCGGUAUUGUCACUCCGCCGGGCUGUAUCAGACGCCUUGCGCUCAUCUGUAUUCCUUGCUUCGUUCGUGAGUAUCUUUUACUAUUCCGUUUGCCUUGCAAGAACCAGAAUCGGGCCCAAGGUAUUCCCACGAGAUGUAGUAACCCCCAUGAUGUGGGAUUCCGGGCUUUGCGUUGGAGCUGGAUGUUUGAUGUGCGGCUGGAGUAUACUUGUAGAAAGCCCAUCGAAACGGCAGGAGUUAGCAUUGUUUGUGGCACCUAGAGCUGCUGCGACCGUGCUCCCAAGAUUCUACGACAAGCAGUACCAAUAUCGAGAGCGCAUUACCUUCGCUGUUAGCGCUGCCCUUCUUCUUACUUGUCUUCAAGAGCGACCUGGCUUGGUAAGAGGCGUUUUUGGGAGGAUUGCAACGAGCGUCCUGAAAUAAUGAAUGAUAGAGUCUACCACGACAAUCCGUCAUGCCAAGGAUCUUCUUCGACGCCUAGGACGGCAUUGGAGGGGCUUUUGUUUUUUUUCCUCCUGUUGUAUUA